AUGUGCCCCCUCUGGGCACUGGCUCCGCCCCUGAGUGGGAUGAGUUUAAGUUUAACACCACCACAAAUGUAUAUGGGAGCAAUGACAAAGAUUCAAUGGUACGCCAACCAAUUCACUUUUAAAUCUGUUUGGGAAGUCUGCACGGUCAAAACUCAGAAGGUUUACAGGCAUGGUUUUUGUUGGAAUGGUGGACAACCUAGAUGGUCAACCCAUGCGGUUUUGGUGCUAAAGAAAGCUACUAUUACCAACCUUUACCUUCGACAAAGAGGGGUAUCUAUGGUCUCAAGAUGUAGUUUGUGCUACAAAAAUGUAGAAGAUGCGAUUCACAUUUUUUGUUACUGUGAGCUCAAGAAGUCCAAGGAUCCCUUGGAAUUGGCGAAAGGUAUUCUUUGGGAGGUUAUGGACAUUUUAGGGGUUAGCUGGGACAUGUCCCUCGAUUCUUGUCGUUUAAAAGAUACGUGUUUUAUGUGCUGUUUCAGAAGUUGGCCUCUCCAGACUAGCUCAAACUUUGCACGUCGAGAGGGAAUUCACACCAAGUUGGCCAAGCUGAGGAAGACACUGCUGAAUAUCUAUGCCGUGCUCGACGAUGCUGAGGAGAAGGAAACAACAAACAGAGCUGUGAAGCAGUGGCUGGAGGAUCUCAAGGACCUCACUUACGAUCUGGAUGAUGAGCUGGACGAUUUCGCCAUGCGACGAAAAUUGAUGGAUCAGGAACCUACCGAUCAAGCUAGCACCAGCAAGGUACAGAAACUCAUCCCUACUUGUUGUACUAGAUUCACUCAUAGUGCUGUUAUGUUUGAUUACGACAUGAGGUCCAAGAUAAAGGAGAUCAAUGACAGAUUACAAGAUAUUGUAAGACAAAAAGAAGAACUGAGUUUGAAAGACAAUGUUGGAGGGAUCAGAGAAAAUGAUAAACAGGCCAUACUUGACUUGUUAUUGACGGGAGAAACUAGUGAUGGUGAAAUCUCAGUCAUUCCGAUUGUGGGUAUGGGAGGGGUGGGUAAAACCACUUUGGCUCAACUGGUAUACGACAAUGAUGCUCUGAACGGUCAAUUUGAUCUGAAGGCAUGGGCUUGUGUUUCUGACUAUUUCGAUGUAAUUGGGGUGACCAGGACAAUUCUCGAGUCCGUUACUUCCCAAAUCUACGACUUUAAGGAUCUAAAUAUGCUUCAAGUCAAACUCAAGGAAACCCCCAGGGGGAAGAAAUUUCUUGUUGUUUUGCAUGAUAUUUGGAAUGAGAACCCUAACGAGUGGGAUCUCCUACGCGUUCCUUUUCUAGCUGGGGCUCACGGAAGCAAAAUUGUAUUUACAACUCGCAAUGACAGUGUCGCAUCGAUCAUGAGUACUGUUUCACUUGGAAGAAGGGAUUUUGAAGCACAUCCGGAUUUAAAAGAAAUUGGUGAGGAAAUAGUAAAGAAAUGUAAGGGCUUGCUUUUGGCUGCAAAGACGCUUGGAGGCCUCUUACGCACUAAAUUGGACCGGAAGAAGUGGGAAGAUAUAUUGAAUAGCAAGAUAUGGGAGCUACCACCUGAAAGAAGUAAUAUUCUUCCGGCUCUUAGAUUGAGCUACCAUCAUCUCCCUUCCCACUUAAAGCAAUGCUUUGCUUAUUGCUCAAUAUUUCCAAAAGACUACGAAUUUGACAAAGACGAGCUGAUUUUGUUGCGGAUGGCAGAAGGUCUUUUGCAGCUAAAAAAAGCAAUCAAGAGGUUAGUGGAUAAUUUUGAUGGUAAUGAGCAAUUUAGGGUUUCUAAACGGACUCGAUACUUGUCUUACACUCGUCAACAAUACGAAGUCUUCCAAAAGUUUGAGAGUCUCUAUGAAGUUCAAAGUUUGCGUACUUUCUUAUCAUUACCCAUUCACAAAGUGUCUAGCUGGCCAACAUAUCACUACUUGAGCAACAGGGUCUUGUUCGAUUUAUUGCCUAAACUACAUGGCUUAAGGGUAUUGUCUUUGUCUGGUUAUGGAAUAAGCGAGCUACCAAAUUCGAUUUGCAACUUCAAGCAUUUAAAAUACCUCAAUUUCUCUUAUACUUUAAUCCAACGGUUACCUGAAUCAUUGGGUACUUUGUACAAUUUGCAAACAUUGUCAUUGCGUAACUGCAAAUCUCUUUGUAUGUUGCCCUUGAGUAUUGUAAAUUUAGUUAACCUGCGUCAUCUUGACAAUGCCAACACUGAUCGAUUACAAGAGAUGACUAUGGGAAUUGGUAGAUUGAUAAAUUUGCAGACAUUGUCAAAGAUUAUUGUGGGAAAAGGCAAUAGGUCAAGACUAAUGGAGUUGAAACACCUGAUGCAUCUUCACGGGGCGCUUUCUAUUGUGAAGUUAGAAAAUGUAAUGGAUGUUCGAGAAGCAAUGGAGGCCAAUUUAAUAGGUAUGCAGAAUCUUGAUGAAUUAUAG